UGGAGUUGCAAUUUAACUUUGAUUUCUUGAGAAGUUUUUUGAAGACUCUCUCAGGGACUGAGUCUGAUGUAAACAACACCAAAGUCCCAAGAGGCUCAUUAAAAUCCUUGUGCUGUGUCUGUGCUGCUGAGCUUUAAAGGAACAGCUCUUGCCAGGACCAGCUCCUCUCCCAGCCCAGCAGGGCUGAGGGCUCUGCCUGCAGGCACUGAGGGGACAGGAGCCAGGCAGAGACAGGCUGAAGGCAAUCAGGAUUGGGAAGACAUUGAGCUGAGACUUCACCUGGGGAAAGAUCUCCACAGCCCUCUACAUGUUCACAAUGCCCAGAGUCAAGAAAUGUCCAACAGCAGCUCCAUCAGCCACUUCCUCCUGCUGCCAUUGGCAGACACGUGGCAGCUGCAGCUCCUGCACUUCUGCCUCUUCCUCAGCAUCUCCCUGGCUGCCCUCCUGGGCAACGGCCUCAUCAUCAGCGCCGUAGCCUGCGGCCACCACCUGCACACGCCCAUGUUCUUCUUCCUGCUCAACCUGGCCCUCACUGACCUGGGCUCCAUCUGCACCACUGUCCCCAAAGCCAUGCACAAUUCCCUCUGGGACACCAGCACCAUCUCCUACUCAGGAUGUGCUGCACAGGUAUUUUUCUUUAUGUUCUUCAUCUCAGCAGAAUUUUCCCUUUUGACCGUCAUGUGCUACGACCGCUACGUGUCCAUCUGCAAACCCCUGCACUACGGGGCCCUCCUGGGCAGCAGAGCUUGUGCCCACAUGGCAGCAGCUGCCUGGGCCAGUGCCUUUCUCAAUGCUCUGCUGCACACGGCCAAUACAUUUUCCUUGCCCCUGUGCCAUGGCAAUGCCCUGGGCCAGUUCUUCUGUGAAAUCCCACAGAUCCUCAAGCUCUCCUGCUCCAAAUCCUACCUCAGGGAAGCUUGGUUUCUUGUGUUUUCCAUAUAUUUAGUUUUCGCUUGUUUUGUGUUCAUUGUUUUCUCCUAUGUGCAGAUCUUCAGGGCUGUGCUGAGGAUCCCCUCUGAGCAGGGACGGCACAAAGCCUUUUCCACCUGCCUCCCUCACCUGGCCGUGCUCUCCCUGUUUAUCAGCACUGGCACAUUUGCCUCCCUGAAGCCCCCCUCCAUCUCCUCCCCAUCCCUGGAUCUGGCCCUGUCAGUUCUGUACUCGGUGGUGCCUCCAGCCCUGAACCCCCUCAUCUACAGCCUGAGGAACCAGGAGCUCAAGGCUGCAGUGUGGACACUGAUAACUGGAAGAUUUCAGAAACAGUGAAUUGGUUGACAGUUUUUGCAAAUCACUUGCAUAAUAAAAGUCAUCUUUGACAGUACUUGUUGGUUUGGUUGCUGGUUUGAU